AUGGGGAUGAAUAUACAGGGAACGGCUGGAGAAGAUGCUUCUCUAUUGACUCUCCAUUCUCCCUGCAUAAUCCCUAUCCUUCUUCGUAAAGAUUCAUACGAGCACAACUUUCUUGAAAUCAAGACAUUUACCCGUUGUGAUGUUAAACUACCUCAUUUAAAACUUAAAAGCCUGGAAAAGAAGAGGGCAGUUGAAUUGGACACGUACAGUCUCCACAAUGGGAAGAUUUUCCAGGGAUUCUUAUAUAGGCUGUCUCAAAUCUUUGUUGAGAAAGAGCCUGAAAUAGAGAUUGGAUUGCCAACAGAUGUUAAGCAUGUGGCUCACAUCGGGUGGGAUGGCCCCUCCAGAACUGGACCUGGUUGGAUGAAUGAAUUCAAGACGGCCUAA